CUUUUUGGCGCGCUUUUUGUUCACCGCUGAGAGGAGAUCGCUGUUGUUGGGCUCUUCAAAACAACGGUAUUUUCUUCUUUUUCCAGAUUGACUGAAAUUCCACAAGUUUUAAGCCUACAAAAUGGACGAAAAGACUGACUGCAAAGUUUUAGAGGAGACUGGAGAUGCUAGCUGUGUCGCCGGUGCCACUUCCACAUCCCAGGUGGCUGAGGAAGGGAUACAGAGCACCCCACACACACAGCAUCGGCACACAGAGACUGAAGAGGUGACCUUUAAGGUGAAGUUUGACUUCCUGAAGCCAUCCGGCUACUAUAGACAAAUUACGGCACAAGGAAGUCAGCGUAUCCUAGAUGCACUUCAAGAUGAACCAAGUCUACACGAGAUCAAGAAUAACCUGACAAAGGCCUUCCUUGAUCCAACAGCUAGGAGUAAAAUUAGAGGGGAACCCAACAUUGGCAGCCCCUGUAGCAUUGUUGCAGGUGGGUGGUUUAAGGCAAGAUUAAACACAAAGCUCAAAGUUGGUCCAGGCCUUAGUGUCUAUCGUGUUAAUGAGAUAAUGUCUAAAAAAAGGUGCAGAUUUUACAUUGAUGUAAGUGAACAAACAAGUAAAUCCAAGUGGAUUACUAAGCUAGAUCCAAUAAAGUUCCACCGCAGCAUUUUGCUUAUUGAUUGCUUACCCAAUGACACACUCCUAUCAGCUCUACUGAGGGAUGGUAGGAUUGUUGUUAGCAAGGUGAAGUACUGCCAGCUCCUUUACAAGGAUAACAGCGUUGUCCAGCUGACAGAUAAGGUUACUUCCCAUCAUGACCAUAAGUUUGUUUGUUCAGUCGGUGCUAGCCCAGAAGUUACUGAUAAUGUUUGGAAAGAGGCGCUUGCCCCACAACAUAACAAUGUCCCAAUUGAUCACACUGUAGACGGCAGCCCCUCUAGUGAAAGCAGGAUUUGUAGCCCUAGGGCGGAAAGUCCUGCUCAAAAUGAGAGGCUUGAUAACAGUGGUCCCACACCUGAAGUAGGGAACAUAAGUCCACUGGCAAACAACAUUAUGGAAGAGAUAUAUAAUAAAUGGCAGUCUUCACUUACUGAUUUAUUGGGCUUAGACCUUCAACCAAAAACAUCUGCAAAGGGAAGAAAAGAAACAAUGAGGAGGAAUAAUUUGGAUAAGUUUGCCAAACCAUUUUUGCAGGAAUACCUCGUAGAUACCACUAAGGGGACCCCAUUUGUAAUUAUGCAGAAAUUUAUGAGCUAUGCUUACUCUGUAGGCAUCCUGUUGAAAGAUGGUCAUCCUUAUGGGACAUGUUUUAGAGUGGGCCCAAAGUUUGUCCUGACGAACCGUCAUGUGACAAACAUGGCGGGCCUGUCGACUGGAAGUUGCAGUGGUGCCUCUGUGGUAUUUAACUACAUAGAGCAAUGUUCCAAUGACUACCAAAGGUGCAAAAUUCAAGAAAUCAGGCACAGUCACAAUGAGUUGGAUUACAGUGUUCUUGAGCUGGAGCCACUGGACGAUUCUGAGUUUCCUCCAGGCCUAGAAUCGUUAAUAUGGCCAACUACCAAGAAAAGUAGAGUGUCAAUUAUUGGACACCCUGGUGGUGAUCCAAAAACAUUUGCUAUACGCUGUCCUAUUGUCAAUUCAAAAUAUAAUGAAGUAAUAUAUUAUUUGAUGUUCAACCCAAAUCCAACAGGGGGUGCUGAUUACUCAAAGGUAUCAGACCCCGCAAGAGCUACAUACAGGACUGACUUUGCUCACGGCUCCUCUGGGUCGCCAGGUUUUGACCAGAAUGGAAAGUUAAUUGUUAUGCAUACCUGUGGCUAUCCUUUGUAUUCAGGAUCCAAAAGUGUACUGGAACAAGGGAUUAGAAUGACUGCCAUCUAUCGUGAUCUCAAGCAAAACAAGCCAGAUUUGUUUCGUGAAAUAUUUCCCCAAGAUCUUAGUGAUGCAGAAUGGCCAGAACCUGAACAGCCCAUGGAUUGGUCCUAAGUUGGUUUUUUCUAUGAUGAUUGCCUGGGAGUGAUCUUGGAAAGCCAGACAUCGGGCAAAUGUUGUCAAUUUUGACAUCAUUAUGGUCACUUCCUAGCAUUUCAUGGAAAAACAAAC